AUGACCAUUGAUGGAGCAUCCAAAGGAGCAAUAAAUCAGCUAACGAAGAAUUUGGCGUGUGAGCGAGCAAAAGACAAUAUCCGAACAAAUUGCGUUGCGCCUGGAUGGAUAAGAACACCACUCAUUCAACCACUCGUGAAUGACGAGAAGGCAACAGCAAAAGAAGUCUCUAGAACUCCUCUACGGCGCUCCGGAGAGCCUGAGGAAGUGGCAUCUCUUGCAGCGUUUCUCUGUAUGUCUGCUGCUUCUUAUAUUAUUGGUCAAGUUAUUUGCCCCGACGGAGGGAGAUCAGUGAAAGGCUAA